CGUGUAAUGUAUUCCACACGAAUGGCCGUUCAAAGUGGCUUGUCGUCCGUUUAUUCUGUUUGUGCCAAUUCGUUGUUGGCCUUUCAAAAUGCAUUUUCUUCUCUCUCUUUUUCUUUCUUUCUUUCAACUUUCAACUUUCAACUUUCAACUUUCAAUCCCUGCAUCCAUCCAUCAUCGUCACCCCACUUUGCUUUCACCAUCUUUUUAUGGUCUCGGGUGGUGUCGGGUGUUGGAAUAAUCAUGGCAUACAAAGUGGACCAUGAAUAUGACUAUCUCUUCAAGAUCGUACUCAUUGGGGACUCUGGUGUUGGAAAAUCCAAUAUACUCUCCAGGUUUACAAGAAAUGAGUUCUGCUUGGAGUCUAAGUCUACCAUUGGGGUUGAAUUCGCAACAAGAACAUUACAGGUGGAGGGGAAGACUGUGAAGGCACAAAUAUGGGACACAGCAGGUCAAGAGAGGUACCGAGCAAUCACAAGUGCAUACUACAGAGGAGCAGUAGGUGCCUUGUUGGUGUACGACAUAACCAAGAGGCAAACAUUCGACAAUGUGCAGAGGUGGCUCCGUGAGCUGAGGGACCACGCGGACUCCAACAUUGUUAUCAUGAUGGCUGGAAACAAGUCUGACCUAAACCAUCUUAGAGCAAUUGCUACCGAAGAUGCUCAAACUUUGGCUGAGAAGGAGGCUCUCUCUUUCCUAGAGACUUCGGCAUUGGAGGCCUUCAAUGUCGAGAAAGCUUUCCAAACCAUUUUGUUUGAUAUAUACCAAAUCGUAAGUAAAAAGGCACUCGCUGCUCAGGAGGCAGCUUCCACUACCACUACCCUUCCUCAAGGGACUACCAUUAAUGUCUCUAAUAUGUCAGCUAGUGCCGAGAAGAGAACACCUUGUUGCUCCAAUUAAAUAUGUAACAACUUUUCUCAACCCUUUUUUUUUCUUCUUUUUUUGUGGGCAGAUAUAUGUAUGAUCUCUAGCCUUUAACAAACAAAACUCAAACUGAAUAUAUAUGUCGCAGUUUUAACAAUUUGUAUUUAGCAGUCCUCGCUUUGGAGAAUACUCAUUCUUAAUGUAAGCAUUCGGAUUUUGGACUUUGCUCUUCGAGCAUAGUUGAUUAGUAGUAGUGAUUAAGCAACUCUACUUUUAAUGUUUCA